GUAGGUGAUGGUGUUGAUGGGUGGAGUUUAGUUUCGUGUGUCAGACUGAAGCAGCAGCAGCUCGCCGAGGUUUAGUCGGAUCAAACUCGCUUUGACCAUCGCAGACUUUCUCAGAUGAGUUUGUUUUCACUCUGAGUUCUAGUCUGGAGGACUAGUUUAGUUUAGCGAUGCCCAGGUCGCGCGCGCAGCGGUAAGUUUGUGUGAUCAUGUGAAGGUGAUUAUCAGCGGAGGAUCGAGGAUCGAGCUGCGGGAGGAUGAAUGUAUUUCUCCGGCUCGGAUUCUCAUUUCAGCUGCUCUUCUGCGCGUCUGUUUCUGCUCAAGGUCCAGAAUGUGGAGCUGGAUGUCAUCAACACCACGGCUUCUGUGAGCAGUCUGGAGAAUGCAGGUGCAGAGCAGGUUGGCGCGGUGCGGUGUGUGAUCAGUGUGUUCCUUCACCUGACUGUGUUCACGGAGUGUGUGAAGAACCCGGGCAGUGCGUCUGUGAGCGCGGAUGGACGGGUGCUCGCUGCGAUCGAGAGGUUCACCGGUGUUCAUCAAAGCCCUGCUCGGGAAACUCUACCUGUGUGCAGACCGGAGGAGGAGGACACGUCUGCCUCUGUUCUCCUGGACACACAGGGGAAAACUGCCAGCUGAAGAAAGGACUGUGUUCAGUGAACGGCUCUCGCUGUCAGAACGGAGGAACCUGUGUGAACACGAGUGGCUUUGACAGCCGUUCCUCUUGUCUCUGUCCACCUGGAUUCACUGGCUCUGUCUGUGAGAUGGAGCUUGAUGUCUGCGAGCCCAAUCCAUGUGUAAACGGUGGCAGAUGCGUCCAGCGUGACCCGACUUACACCUGCGUCUGUCCGCCGCUCUUCUCCGGGCCGGUUUGUGACGUCAGUCUCUCUGCGUGUUCCAGCGAUCGCUGCAUGAACGGAGGCACCUGCUCCAACGACACUCUCGGCCGGAUCCGCUGCGUCUGCCCGCCCAGAUUCACCGGCCCAUCCUGUGAACUCCAUGUCAGCCAGCUCAAGCCCAAGCCCCGAGCGAGAGCGCUAGGUCCGGGUCACCACACUGCAGCAGCUCACACUUUCCACAAGCUCCUGCGUCCAUCCGAGCGUGAGCCACUCCAGCCGUCCGGUCCACUGGUCACCCGCAGCCAGAUCAUCUGCUUCUCUGUUCUGGGUCUCCUCACCUGUGUGGUGAUCCUGGUCACGACGGGCAUCGUCUUCUUCCCCCGCUGUGAGACGUGGAUGGCCAACACUAAGUACAGCCAGCUGGUGCGACAGCAGAGAGAUCAGCUCCUGAGAGCAUCUGACCACGAGCAGCAUUCACUCAACAUCAUCCUGCCGGAGAACAUCAAGAUGAGCAACUACAGCAGGCUUUACACGUCCAUAUGAAGCUGAUGCGUGCGUCUGGAUGAGACCCAGACGAGAGGUUGGGUGCUUUGGUCUCAGUGUGGAGAACAGCUG